AGAAAAGCACGCAGCGGCCACUAGGUAAAGAAAAUGGCCGACGUGGAAAUGGAUUUACAAAGCGAGAGGCUGAAUAAUGGGAAAGAAGAUUUGAGGAGUCCACAGAAUGAGAACAGUGAAAUGUCCGAAGAGGAUGAGGAGGAGGGUGCAGGGCAAGCUGAGGUGAAUGGGGGAAACCAAGAUGAAGCCGUAAAACCUCACAGUGGCGGCAAACACAAGAAAAAGAAACACAAGCACCGCAGCAAGCACAAGAAGCACAAACAUGCAUCUGAAGAAGAAAAGGAGCGCAAACGAAAACACAAACACAAACAUAAGAAGCACAGGCGCAAGGAGGGUAAACUACCGUCCUCUGGAGUUAUCGACCAGAAGGCUGACAAUGCCUCCCCUUCUUCUGAGAACCCAAAUGUGGAUGACCGAGUUCUGCUAGAGGACUUGGAGAAGCAGAGAGCUCUGAUCAAAGCUGAGCUGGAUAGCCAGCUUAUGGAAGGCAAAGUUCAAUCAGGAAUGGGCCUUAUUCUGCAGGGCUAUAACUCAGGCUCUGAGGAGGAUGGAGAUGGACAGAGGCCCAGAAAUGGUGAGCAAAAAGGGAGUGAGGGUAAAACGCGCUCACCAAGGGACCGUAGCAGUAAGAGUGGAAAACCAGCAAAGCCGGACUCACCAGAUAAAACCAGCGCAAAAAUUCACAGCCACUCUAGAGACCGAAUGGCAAAAGAGAGCAGAGGUAGCCGGCUAAGUAAUAGUGGGAAAGAGAUAGCCAAGGAAUACAGCAGAUCCAAAGACAGGAAGGGUACACAGAGCCAAAACCAAUCUCGUGAGGCAGUAAAGAAAUCACAAUCUCCAUCCAGCAAGAGGCGCUCAGCAGAAAGAAAAGCCGAGCAAAAAGGGUGCUCAUCAGAAGGAAAGGAAGCUCAAGCAGAAAGACACUCCUCUCCUCGUGUAGAGGAACGAAGGACUACUCAGGUGCAGGGCAGGCUGCGAUCGAGUUCACCAGCACACUCUCACAAUCAGAGGUCUCAUUCCAAAAAUGGACGCCCAGACGCAGACAGGGACACACGGCCUGGCAAAUCGCCUACCAAGGACCCCUCAUCAGGAAAAGAAAACCGCUCGCCACGCCACAGACAAGGAUCAAGUUCGCUGCGCCGGCGUAGCUCCUCCACCCACCAGAGGGAGCGCCAGUCGCAUCAGGGAGCAUCAAGUUCCAAACAGAGCUACUCUCCUUCCAGGAACAGGUCCCCUGCGAGAAGGGGGCGUAGUCGUUCAGCUGAUCACAGAAAAGACUCACCACCUAGGAAACGUUCUCGUGUAGAUGGGACUGGAAGGUCAUAUGAGACCAGCCCAGCACGAAGAAGGGUCAGCCGUUCACCACUUAGACGAAGAUCUCUGUCCCCACGGCGACAGUCGCGUACCUCACCAAGAAGACGGAGUCGAUCUCCUUUUAGACGAAGGUCUGGUGAGAGGGAUCGGUUUGGCUACACCAGAGCUCGUCGCUCCACAUCUAGAGAACGUGAGCGCAGGAGGAGGCGGAGCCGAGACGAGGACAAGUACAAGGGCAGUUUGUCAGAGGGCAUGAAGAUGGAUCAGGAUUCCUCUUCGGACGAUGUGAUGGAAGAUUUUGAUGCUGAAGAGGAGGAUGAGGAGGCUCUGAUUGAGAAGCGACGACAGCAGCGACUGGCUAUAAUGCAGAAAUACCGGGCAUUAAACGAUGACAGCAACAUGGGCUCAGUGACGUCAGAGCCGAGCAGUCCCCAGAGCAGCACACGCAGCCGCUCUGCCUCACCAGACGACAUCCUGGAGCGUGCUGCUGCUGACGUUAAGGAGUACGAGCGUGAAAAUGUGAACACGUUUGAGGCCAGUGUGAAGGCUAAGUACAACCUCAUUGCCCAGGAGAAAGAGGGCACAAAUGUAAAGAAGCCUUCUGCCCCUGACAUGUUUACAGAGUCAGACGACAUGUUUGCUGCAGAUUUUGACAGUGCCAGGCUUAGGGCUGUUGGAGUUGGCAAAGACUUUAAGGAAAACCCAAAUCUUAGGGACAACUGGACUGAUGCUGAAGGAUAUUAUCGUGUGAACAUUGGUGAGACACUGGAUAAACGCUACGAUGUCUAUGGCUACACGGGGCAGGGUGUAUUCAGCAAUGUCGUCCGUGCUAGAGACACUGCCCGUGCUGGCCAAGAGGUGGCAGUCAAGAUCAUCCGCAACAACGAGCUCAUGCAAAAGACGGGGCUGAAGGAGUUGGAGUUUCUGAAGAAACUUAAUGAUGCUGAUCCAGAUGAUAAAUUCCAUUGCUUGCGCCUCUUCAGACAUUUCUACCACAAACAGCACUUGUGUCUGGUGUUUGAGCCUCUUAGCAUGAAUCUUCGAGAGGUCUUGAAGAAGUAUGGUAAAGAUGUUGGCCUUCACAUAAAGGCUGUUCGUUCUUACAGCCAGCAGCUUUUUCUGGCCUUGAAGCUUUUAAAGCGUUGUAAUAUUCUACAUGCUGACAUCAAACCGGACAACAUAUUGGUGAAUGAAUCAAAGACUAUCCUCAAACUGUGUGAUUUUGGUUCAGCCUCCCACAUUGCUGAUAAUGACAUUACACCUUACCUGGUCAGCAGGUUCUACAGAGCUCCUGAGAUCAUCAUUGGAAAGCCGUAUGAUUAUGCAAUUGAUAUGUGGUCCGUGGGUUGCACCCUGUAUGAGCUUUAUACGGGAAAGAUAUUGUUUCCUGGCUCCUCCAACAACCACAUGCUCAAACUCGCCAUGGACCUUAAAGGGAAAAUGCCCAACAAGAUGAUACGGAAAGGUUUAUUUAAAGAUCAACAUUUCGACCAGAACCUUAACUUUCUGUACAUAGAAGUGGACAAAGUGACUGAAAGGGAGAAAGUGACUGUGAUGAGCACUAUUAAUCCAACUAAAGACCUGCUGGCAGACCUGAUUGGCAUCCAGAGGCUUCCAGAAGAGCAGAGAAAGAAAGUGAUGCAGCUUAAGGAUUUGUUCGAUGGCACACUGAUGUUGGACCCUGCCAAGCGCAUUAGUAUAAACCAAGCCCUGCAACAUUCAUUCAUUCAGGACAAGAUCUGACCUGACCAAUUUUCUCUGUUUCAUGUCUCACUUUUUUUAGCCUUCCACUAGAACUAUAUUGUCCUGCCAGUUCCUUUUUUGGAUAUCAACCAUGCAAUUCAAGUUUAGUUCUAUUCCCAGUCUAAUUUUCAUGUUUUCUUUAGUGUAAAAUAAUGAAUAACUGUGUUGGAUUUGUUAAAUGGUUGGAGCUGUGCUCGAUAGAGGGUUCUAACCAACAGCACUGGAGUUGGACUGAACUAUAUUCUAGAAUGUUUGAAACCAUUCGAUUAUUUUUUUUGUUUGUUUCCUAGUUCCCCCCCCCACCCCCAUUUUGUUUUAUAAGCAUUUGUUUUUUCUCAUUACUUUCUUUGAAUGAUCUUUUUAUUGUAAAUAAUCAAUUCAAUGUUGCAUUUUCACACAAGACGUGCGUUUUUUUUUUCUGCAGUUGUUAGGUUUAAUUUAUCAUCCUAUUUAAACUGAGGAUGUUGUCUGCAAAAAAGUGUGAACACCAGUAAGGCUAGUUUAAAUGUGAUGUUUGAUUAUGCAUGCACAUGUAUGAACAGAGAGAAACAUGAACGUGGCAUUGUUCACAUACUUGCCUGCAUUCCUUAUGUACAUCUGGAGGAUUAAAAGCAACAUCCACUCGAUCACACGUCAAAUGAAAUAUACUAGAAUUUUAUGUUUA